AUGUUCGAAUUGAAUGGAAUCGUCUGUCCCAUAAUCGGAGACGGUGGCUCCGGAGUAGUCGUUCUACGAGAGGGAAUUGCCGUGAAGCUACCAAGAUCCUACAUCUACGGCCUGGAAGACGAUCACGACGAUAGUGUUCAGCGAGAGAAGGAGGUUUUCCGCCGUCUCAAGCACUGCUCCCAGGUGGUCCAAUGUCUAGAUGUUUCUGGUCCGGGAAUCGAAAUGGAGUGGAUGGAGAAUGGAAACUUACGGGAUUAUCUCCACGAACGCCAAGUCUCACCAGCGGUACAGCUUUCUUGGUUUCGGAAGAUGGCUCGCGGUCUCUCUGAAAUACACCAUCACCGGGUCAUUGUGGCAGACAUUCAUACUCGGAACUUCCUCGUGGCGAGAGACGUAUCUAUCAAAUUCUCCGACUUUUCAGAAUCUUCCGUCAUGGAACCCGAGUGCGACAUGCGACAGAUAGAUGACAAUGGGUACUCGAUCUACACUGACAUGGGACAAUUGGCCGCUGUCAUGUACGAGAUUAUCACUGGAGAAAAGUGUGACUUCGAUCUCUUCAAGGAUCAACCCCCAGGGCCGGCGAAGGCAGCGUGGCCGCGGAGGGAGGACCUCCCCAGAACGCAAGGCAUUUGGCUUGGAUCAAUCAUUGAGAAAUGCUGGACUAAAGGAGCAUUCCAGACGAGCCUCGAACUUUCGCUGGCCCUGGAGUUGGCCACAGAAAUCGAUUGA